AAUUUCUUCUGUCCAGUCAAAAAAAACAAAAACAAAAAUGAGUCGAAAUUAUGCUGUUUCUUCUUCAAUCAAUUUUAUAACAACAUUGGUUUAUCUUUCAAUUCUACUAAGCUUGGCCACUGCUGUUAAACCAAGAGGGUUUAGCAUGAAAAUGAUUCGCAGCGACUCUAAAGAAUCACCUCUACAUUCAAGGUAUGCUAAUUUAACACAAGCAGAAAGGUUUCGAAGACUCGUCGAAAAAUCCAAAUCUCGAGUACGUCACCUUGGAUCGGCAAGAGCUGCUGCUUAUAAUAGAAGCAGCACCAUGAAUCCCGAUGUUGCAAGCGUACCUGUUUCACUCGUGAAAGACGACGACACAGGCUUUUACAUUGGUGAGGUAGGUAUAGGUACUUUCAAUGGUCAACCACAAACUUUCAAGAGUUUUUAUUUAAUUAUCGAUACCAGUACCGAUAUUAUAUGGACUCAGUGUCGUGGUGGCAAUCAUUAUUUCUAUCAAGAUUCGGAAUAUUAUGAUCAGGGAGGUUCGAAUUCGUAUCAUCCCAUCCCUUGUGAUCAGCAAGAGGAGUACUGUGUGGGUGAUUUUUGCGACGAGGAUGGCUUUUGUUUGUACCGACAAGGAUACUUGACCGGAGCACAAUCAUCUGGUGAGCUUGUUAAAGAAACAUUCACUAUAAACUCAAAUACCGGUGACCUUGAAAGUGUUGAAAAUAUAAUCAUGGGUUGUGGCCUUGACCAGACGGAUUUCGGACAAGUACUAGAUGUUCCUGAGCGUGAGGGUGAUCAUGACUGGGAUGGGCCGAUACCUGCACCUGGAACUGCUCCUAUAGCAGGAUAUCUCGGUUUAGGACAAGGAGAUGAAGGAUUUUCUUUGGUACUUCAGUUAGAUAAUAAAUUUGAAUACUGCUUGGAGUCGUACGAUCUUCCUGGUGCUGAUGCAUCGCACACGUAUUUAAGAUUUGGUGCAGACGCAAUAAUUGGUGGAGGACCUGAAGUACGUAGAACUCCAUUGAGUCAAGAUCCUAACUUAAAGUCGCCUUACCACUUGACUCUCCGGGAUAUUAGUGUAGGUCGAGUAAGUGCAGGGUUUGACGAACAUGCUUUCGUGAUUAGGGCAGAUGGAUUUGGUGGGACUAUCAUCGAUUCAGCAUCUCCAUUCACCACUAUGGGUUUUGAUCAUUUUCAAAGAGUUAGGCAAUUGUUCGUGGACUACUUCCAUCCACUUGGAUGCGGAUUUUGUUAUUCGGCAAAUGUCUGGUAUUUUUGUCUAUAUGGGAGAUCAAAACAUGAUAUGUCUUGGUAUCGUUAGCUUGGAGGAAGACAAUAUUGAUCCUUAUGAUGUAACUUUAGGAGC